AUGGCUAGGAAGCUCAGUUUGUUGGAAGCCCUUCUGAUCGCCUUCGAUAUAAUUGUAGUCAUCGCAGAUGUCCUCUUGCUGAUUCUUCUACUGAAAAAUCCUUCAGAUUCUUCAUUUACUCCGGAGUGCCCCAAGAUCUCCCAAUCAGAACGGAUAGACUGUGCACCUGGCCGGGUGGUGACAGAGGAAGUCUGCAGGCAGCAGCUGAACUGCUGCUGGGACCCCGUGGCCGAUGCAGCUGUCCCCGUGUGCUUCUUCCCCAGGAACUGGGGCUACGAAGUCAGCGAUGGCAUCAGACACACAAGCACAGGUUUCACUGCUCAGCUGACAAGGGUGCCAUCCCCAUCUCUGUUUGGAAAUGAUGUCCUCAACGCUCUCUUCACAGCUGAGAAUCAGACACCCAAUCGUUUUCGUUUUAAGAUCACCGAUUCCAAUAACAUGCGCUACGAAGUCCCUCAUGAAAACCUUAAGACGCUUAACGGGACUGCUGAUCCUUCCAGUCUGAGCUAUCAUGUGGAGUUCACGGAUAAACCCUUCAGCCUCAAAAUAAUGAGGACAAGCAACCAGCGAGUCUUGUUGGACACGAGCAUUGGGCCCCUCCAGUUUGCCCACCAGUACCUCCAGCUGUCUUUCCGACUGCCUAGUGCCAACGUGUAUGGGCUAGGGGAGCAUGUGCACCAGCAGUACCGCCACAACAUGACCUGGAAGACCUGGCCCAUCUUCACCCGGGACACCACGCCCACGGCGGGCAUGAUUAACUUGUAUGGAGCUCAUGCCUUCUUCUUGUGCCUAGAGGACACCAGUGGCGCCUCUUUUGGAGUUUUUCUGAUGAACAGCAAUGCCAUGGAGAUCACCCUUCAACCUGCUCCUGCUGUCACUUACCGAACAAUUGGGGGCAUUCUCGACUUCUAUGUGUUCCUGGGAAACACUCCAGAACAAGUGGUUCAGGAGUACUUGGAGUUGGUUGGGCGGCCAUUCUUGCCUUCCUACUGGAGUCUUGGGUUCCAGCUUAGUCGAAGGGAUUAUGGUGGCAUCCAUGGAUUGAAAGAGGUGGUAGACCGGAAUCGCAGAGCUGGGAUUCCCUAUGAUGUCCAAUAUUCUGACAUAGACUACAUGGAUGGAUGGAAGGAUUUCACUAUUGAUGAAGGAGCUUACCCUGGCCUCUCAGAUUUUGCCAAGGAGUUACAUGACAAUGGACAGAAAUACAUGAUUAUUAUGAAUCCUGGCAUCUUCAAGAGCCCUGAGUACACAGCCUAUAACAAUGGAAGUCUAAAGAGAAUAUGGAUCUUGGAUAACCAUGGCUUUGCUGUUGGGGAGGGGUACCCUGGACCAACAGUCUUUCCUGACUACAGCAAUCCCGAGGGCACUCAGUGGUGGACAGAGCAGCUCACUGAGUUUCAUAACCAGCUAGCGUUUGAUGGAGUGUGGAUUGAAAUGGAUGAAGUGUCCAGCCUUCUCCAAGGUCCUGGUCAUGAGUGUGAAUCAAACAGCUUGAAUUCUCCACCUUUCAUUCCCAGAGUCCUGGGCGGUCGGCUCUCUGAAAGGACCCUCUGCAUGGACACAGAGUUUUACUCCGGUCUUCACUAUGACGUCCACAGCUUGUAUGGCUACUCCAUGGCCAGAGCCACAGACUCGGCCAUGGAGGCUAUCUUUCUCAAUAAUAGGAACUUCAUAUUAUCCCGUUCAACUUUUGCUGGAUCUGGAAAAUUUGCUGCUCAUUGGCUUGGGGACAAUGCGGCUACAUGGGAUGACCUCCGAUGGUCCAUCCCCAGUAUCCUGGAGUUCAACCUGUUUGGCAUCCCCAUGGUAGGUGCCAACAUCUGUGGUUAUAUGGGAAAUGUCUCGGAGGAGCUCUGCAGACGAUGGAUGCAGCUGGGAGCAUUUUAUCCACUCUCGAGGAAUCAUAACGGGCCUGGGUUCAGGGACCAGGACCCUGCUGCCUUUGGGGAUGACUCCUUGCUGUUGAAUUCCAGUAGACAUUACCUGAACAUCCGCUACACCCUGCUGCCCUAUCUCUACACCCUCUUCUACCGUGCUCACACCCUGGGGGAGACGGUGGCAAGACCCCUGGUACAUGAGUUCUACCAGGACCCAGCCACAUGGGAUGUCCAUGAGCAGUUCUUAUGGGGGCCUGGGCUCCUCAUCACACCUGUCUUAUAUGAAGGUGUGGACCAAGUGAAAGCGUACAUACCAGAUGACAUCUGGUACAAUUAUGAGACAGGAGUGGCCAUGCAAUGGAGGAAACAGUUGGUGGAUAUGCUACUCCCAGGUGAUAGCUUGGGACUUCACCUUCGAGGGGGCUACAUAUUUCCCACCCAGCAGCCAGACGUAAAUACAGAGUCCAGCCGGAAGAAUCCACUGGGACUCAUUAUCGCCUUGGACUACAAGCGAGAGGCAAAGGGGGAGCUGUAUUGGGAUGAUGGUGAAUCUAAAGAUGCUGUAACUGAAAGGAAAUACAUUCUGUAUGAUUUCUCUGUUACCUCUAACCGUCUACAGGCAAAGAUUCUAAAUAAUAACUACGAGGACCCUGACAACCUCACAUUUACAGAUAUCAAAAUCUUGGGAAUGGACAAGGAGCCAACUAAUUUUAGUGUCAUAUUUAAUAAUGCUGUCACCUCCAUUCCAAGUGUCACCUACAGUGCUUCAACAAAGGUGGUGACCAUCACUAAUCUCCAGGGCCUGGUACUGGGACAAGAAUUCUCCAUUGAGUGGGAUCUUCCAGUCAAUGAUCUAGAAAAGUUCAACUGCUACCCUGAGGAGCCUGCUGCCUCCGAGGAGAAUUGCAGGUUGCGGGGGUGUCUUUGGGAGCGCACAACUACUCCUGGUGUGCCCACCUGCUUCUAUGACACCACCCCUAACUACGCCGCCAGUAACAUUCAGUACCUGUCCACGGGCAUCACCACACACCUUACUCUCUUGGAGGCACCAGAAUUAGCUCAGGCGGUGGAGUUGGCUCUGCCGUUGCCAUUGGGAGCUGUGCAUCCCCAACCUGCAGCAGCUACCACCGCAGAUUCUGCUUCUCUCUCUGCGAAGAUCAGCAACCUCGUGCUGACUGUGACCUACCACACAGAAUACAUGCUGCAGCUCAAGAUCUGCGAUCUCACUAAUAAAAGAUACGAAGUACCAGUACCCCUAAAUACUCCUCCCUCGCCGGUUGGCUCCCCUGAAAACCGCCUGUAUGAUGUCACGAUUCAGACCAAUCCUUUUGGAAUUCAGAUUCGACGCAAAAGAUCCAGCACUGUAAUUUGGGACUCUCAGCUCCCCGGCUUCACCUUCAACGACCAGUUCCUCUCCGUUUCUACUCGCCUCCCUUCACAGUACAUCUAUGGCUUUGGGGAGACUGAGCACACAGCUUUCAGAAGAAACAUGAGCUGGCAUACGUGGGGAAUGUUUGCUCGCGAUGAGCCCCCGGCGUACAAGAAGAAUUCCUAUGGCGUGCACCCCUACUACAUGGGCCUGGAGGAGGAUGGCAGUGCCCACGGAGUGCUCCUGCUCAACAGCAACGCCAUGGAUAUAACACUGCAGCCCACUCCUGCCCUGACAUACCGCACCACAGGAGGGACCUUGGACUUCUAUAUCGUUUUAGGGCCAACCCCAGAACUUGUAACUCAGCAAUACACUGAGUUGAUCGGUCGGCCAGCAAUGACUCCAUACUGGGCCUUGGGAUUCCAGCUGAGUCGCUAUGGAUACCAGAAUGAUGCUGAAAUCGCCAGUUUGUAUGAUGCAAUGGUGGCAGCCCAAAUUCCUUAUGACGUCCAACAUGUAGACAUGGAUUACAUGGACCGGAAACUGGACUUCACCCUCAGCCCCAGCUUUCAAAACCUGAGUCUGCUGAUGGAGCAAAUGAAGGAAGAUGGCAUGAGAUUUAUACUUACUCUGGACCCAGCAAUUUCUGGUAAUGAGACACAGUAUCUCACGUUUACUAGAGGACAAGAAAACGAUGUGUUUAUCACAUGGCCUGACACGAGUGACAUUGUCUGGGGAAAGGUUUGGCCAGAGCUGCCCAAUGUAAAUGUGAAUGGAUCUCUUGACAAUGAAGCUCAGGUUAGAAUACAAUUGGCCCACGUUGCUUUUCCUGAUUUCCUGAGAAAUGGCACAGCUGCGUGGUGGAAGAAAGAAAUAGAAGAGCUCUACACAAACCCUCAGGAGCCAGAGAAAAGCUUGAAAUUUGAUGGGUUGAGGAUUGACAUGAACGAGCCAUCAAACUUUGUGGAUGGAUCUGUCAGUGGCUGCCGUAAUGAUAUUCUUAAUAAUCCACCCUAUGUGCCAUACUUGGAGUCCAGGGGCGCAGGCCUGAGCAGCAAGACCCUGUGCAUGGAGAGCGAGCAGAUCCUGCCAGACGGCUCCCGUGUGCGGCACUAUGACGUGCACAGCCUGUACGGGUGGUCCCAGACCAGACCCACCUACGAAGCCGUGCAGGAGGUGACGGGACAGCGAGGGAUCGUCAUCACCCGCUCCACGUUCCCCUCUUCUGGCCGCUGGGGUGGACACUGGCUGGGAGAGAACACAGCCGCGUGGGACCAGCUGGGGAAGUCGAUCAUUGGUAUGAUGGAGUUCAGUCUCUUUGGAAUACCUUAUACAGGAGCAGACAUCUGUGGGUUCUUUGGAGAUGCUGAAUAUGAGAUGUGUGCUCGCUGGAUGCAGCUAGGGGCCUUUUACCCCUUCUCCAGGAACCACAACACCAUCGGGACAAGGAGACAAGAUCCUGUGGCAUGGAACUCAACCUUUGAGAUGGUCUCACAAAAAGCCCUGCAGACCAGAUACACCCUGCUGCCUUACCUCUACACGCUGAUGCACAAGGCUCACGUCGAGGGCAGCACCGUCGUCCGCCCCCUUCUCCAUGAGUUUACAGACGACAGCACAACGUGGGAUAUAGACCAACAGUUCAUGUGGGGCCCUGCCAUCCUCAUCAGCCCUGUGCUGCAAAGUAACACUUUUGCAAUCCGUGCCUAUUUCCCCCGAGCACUGUGGUAUGACUACAGCACGGAGUCUGGAAACAAAUCGACAGGCGAGUGGAGAAUCCUGAAGGCGCCCCUGGACCACAUCAAUCUUCAUGUCAGAGGAGGCUACAUCCUGCCUUGGCAAGAACCUGCAAUUAACACUCACUCCAGUCGACAACAAUUUAUGGGAUUAAUUGUUGCCCUGGAUGACAACAGGGAAGCUGAAGGUGAGCUGUUCUGGGACGAUGGACAAAGCAUCGAUACUUAUGAAAAUGGGAACUAUUUCUUGGCAAACUUCACAGCAGCUCAGAACAUCUUGCAAAUCAAGACCGUAUACAAUAGGUUUUUGAGUGACUCAAAUCCACUUAAUGUUGGAUAUAUUAGAAUCUGGGGUAUGAACUCUUGUCAUGUAAAUCAAGUCAAUUUCACCUAUAACAACGAGCAAUUCAUGGAGAUGAAUUUUAGGAGUGACCCUUAUAAUCAGACACUAACAAUUCAAUGGACCGACAAGAAUAUCAACCUGGAAAAGUUAACUGAGGUUAUUUGGACUUAUGGUGAUCCUAUACAUCCUACUUCUGCUAUGACAAGUACCUUUCCAAUAAGUUCUCAUCCAUCUCCAGUGACUACAAAGACUACUAGUUUUGAGACUAUCACUAGUUCUACUACUGCAAAUACUGCCGUUAGUACUACUGAUGCAACAACUGGUACAGGAGUUACUAAUGCAGCUACUCUGUAUCCUACAAGCACUGUUAAAGAUGGCACCAGUUCUACUGUUCCCAGUUUAACCACUCCUUUCCCCACAAGUACUAUCAAUACAAACACUAAUGUUACUACUCCUAUCACAGUGCUUCCUUUCCCAACAAGUACUAUUGAUGCAACAACUAACAUUACUGUCCUGGAUACAUCUGUGCCUUUGGAUUCAAGUACUACUACUCCGAUCAGUUAUACCACCACUGCUAUCACAGCCACACUAUACCCUACCAUUACUGCUGAGGCUACCACUACUUUUACUGCUGCAGGUACAACUACACCUUCCCCAACAAGUAUCACUACUGCUAGCUCAAGUGAUACUGUUCCUAUUACAACUGCUCCUUUUGUGACAAAUAUGACAGCAGUUAGCAACACUACUGCUGUACUUGUUACCUCUACUCUAGCCCCAACAAAUCCCACUGAUACUACCAGCAUUGACACUAAUGUUACUACUCCUAUCACAGUGCUUCCUUUCCCAACAAGUACUAUUGAUGCAACAACUAACAUUACUGUCCCAGAUACAUCUGUGCCUUUGGAUUCAAGUACUACUACUCUGAUCAGUUAUACCACCACUGCUAUCACAGCCACACUAUACCCUACCAUUACUGCUGAGGCUACCACUACUUUUACUGCUGCAGGUACAACUACACCUUCCCCAACAAGUAUCACUACUGCUAGCUCAAGUGAUACUGUUCCUAUUACAACUGCUCCCUCCCUUACAAGUACUGCUGAUGCUACUACUAGUACUAAUGUCCCUCUGACAAUCAAUUCAUUAUCAACUCCUCCUACUUAUGGUGGCACUAAUCCUGUUAUUACUAAUAUCACCACUCCUUCCUCCACAAGCCCUAGUAAUGAUAGCACAAGUACUGUUAUAUCCAAUGUGACUGCUUCUUACUCUACAAGUACUACUGAUACUAGCCCUAAUACUACUCUUCCAAUUAUGGCUACACCUUCUACAAUGACUGGGGCUCAUGCUAGCCCUAGAUUCUCUAUUAGGACUAUUUCUUUCUCUUAAAAUACUGAUGCUGUGAAUGGUACUAUUGUUGUGAUAACUACUUCUCCUCUAAGCAUUGAUGUUACUAGUACUACUACUGAUGCUUCUAUUACAAAUACACCUCUCCCUACAGUGUCUGGUAAUGAUUGCACUAGUAAUAUUAUUUCUAUAGUGACUACUCUUUUUGGCAAUAUUGGUCCUGUUGUGACUACUCCUUCUUCUAUUGAUACUGUGUCUGAUAUGACUACUCAUUAUCAAACUUCUCCCAUCACUCCUACUCCUACUCUUACUUCUAUCCUCUUUCCUACUGCCCCAAUUUUGAGCACAUUUCCAACAACAAGUACAUAUGCUACUUAUAUAAUCACUAAGUUUACUACAUCUAAUAAUGAAAAUAGCACUAAUUUUAACACUCCAGAUACAAAAACUACCAUGAUAAUAGAUGCUGUAGUUGCUGCUACCAGUAACAAAUAUAUUACCAUGAGUCCAGAUACAGCAGUUACUUCCACAGCCAAAUUCACCACACAUACACUUCCCAAUCCACACAUGACACCAUUCACUAUUCCACAUUCUACUACUGCUAAAACACCAUCCUUAGAUCACACCACAUUGAUUCCCACAAAUUCUUCUAAUCUAUGACACACAGUAAAUAUUACUGAUGUGGGUGACUCUAGCAGUAUUAUAGGUAACACUGUACACAUUUAUAGUCCAAAUAUCACAAUGGCUUCAGACAAGAUAUCAACUGCUGUUCUAGAUAUAGAAACUCACCAUCUGAUACCUAGAGCUCUUAGACUUUCAGGAAACUCCGUCUCCAGUAUAUUGGAAAGGGCCUCUAGUUCUCCACACCUGACCACUCCUCCCUUCUGCUCCAAAUAUUGUAUGGAAAUUAUUAAAUGCAGCAUUUGGCUGAUUGGAAAUGAGAAAAUGAAUAAGGAAUCUAGUCUUCGAGAAAGGAGAGUACUAGUCUUCUCCCACAAAUCACGUGUACUUGGUUGCUGCUCUGGGAACUUUCUGGACAAGCCCUGGGCUCCAGAGCUGAGGACCGCCUCUCUCAUUGCCAUUCACCUGUUCUCCGAGGUCAAUCCAAGCCGCUACACACAGAUAGGCUCUUGA